AUGUCACCAAAAAAUAUAGAAAUUCAAACAUUCACAGCAUCGCAGUUACUAUUUUCUCUCGUAAUGAUAAUAUUACUAUUGGUAUGCCAAUUACCCGAUUUAUGUGAAUCCAAAAUUACGAUAUUUCAUGAAUCAGAAAAUACUAUUAUUUCAACGAUCGAGAAUGUUGAUUUCCCAUGGAUAAAUUCGACAAGUUACGGAGUGCUAGAAGGGUACAUGGUGAUUGCAAAUUUUUCAGAUUAUCCGAAUAAUCCGUGUCGUAUUCGGCCUAUGCAUUCAAAAGAACCAGACGGAAGAGUGACAUUAUUGGCCGUGCCUUUUGAGAUCGCUUGGAGUAAUGGAUGCCACUCGUAUGCUGAUUUUUUAACAAGUAAUGAUUGGUUGAUUAAAAGUGAAAGCGAUGACAGACAAAAUACCAGUACCGAAACUGGUAACUCAAUUAUGACAACCCAUAAAUCGGUAACAAAUACAAUCAAACCCACAAAUAAUGUCACUGAGACAUUCAAUGGAAGUAUUUUACCAACGACACGAACAUCUACUCAGAACCCAACAACAACAAACGGGUCGAAA